AUGGCGUAAAUGAAUUCAUUACCAACAGCUACGUUCGGUGCUACACAAUAAAACAUGUCGGAUAUACAGCUUCUGAACUUUCAGCAAGCGAACGGAGAAAGCGGUAGCGUUACRAUGACUCAAGUUGAACCAGCUUUGCCUGAYAAAGAUAUCGAAGAACCAACUCCAGUGCCAACGGCAGCUAGCGAACCRAGCGAUUUCGCUCACAUUUCUCUCCAUCAGGCUGCUCGAGAUGGAAGGGCUGAUGUUAUCAAUUAUCGAUUGUUUAAACUUGGGCGUUUGAACAGUGCCCGUCGGUUCAAGAUACUCAAUAAGCUAGAUGAUGAUAAUGUGUCUCCAGUUCAUUACGCUGUACGAUAUGGUCACUUGAAUGUAGUCAAACUCUUGAUUGACAAUGGAGCUGUGGUGGACAUGGUUGGUCCAGAUGGUGCCACACCAUUGCACUAUGCAGCAAGAUUUUUCACAGCCAGUUUGAAAGUGAGGCAACAAUCAACAGAUGAUGUAACUGGUGAUGAGGCACCAAAAAAGUUUACCUUAAGUUUAGAGGAUGUUUUGCGGCCAUAUGUAUCAGAUGUAGACAACAUCAGCAUCGCAGGGGAUGAGGAAUCUAUCAUUGACUACCUUUUGGAGGUCAAAGCUAAUAUAAAUGCUCAAGAUAGUUAUGGUAUGACACCCCUGCACUAUGCUGCUAUGAAGGGUAAUAUUGCUGCAGUAAAAGAACUACUUCAGAGUGAUGAGAUAAAGAUUGAUAUGCCUGACACAAGUGGCAGCACACCWCUUCAUGCAGCAUGCAACGAUGGAGCUUUGCUUGUUGUGCAGGCCCUGAUAAAACGAGGAGCUGAUAUCAGGACGAAAGACUUUGAGGGAAUGACACCAUUACACUUCGCUUGCACCGAAGGGCAUCUGUAUGUAGCUAAGCAUCUGAUUAAAAUAGCGGAUAAARAUGGAGGACAAGACCUCGUGGACUCAUUGCUGUCUGACAGGAACUCAGAAAAGGAAUCUGCGCUACACUGUGCCACUGACGGAGGUUAUCUCGACUUGGUCGAGUUUCUCAUCGAGAAGGGUGCCAAUGUGCGUGAUGUUCGAAAUAACAAUACCCAACCUCUUCAUUUGGCGGCCAUCAGUGGCCAGAUCCGUAUAGCCAAGCUAUUGAUUGACCAUGGGGCUAAUAUAGAAGCAAGGAACAUGAAUCACGAGACGCCUUUGCAUCGUGCUGCUUGCUUCAACAGGGUGGAUUUUGUCAACUAUCUAAUUGAGCAGGGCGCCGAUGUAGAAAGCCGUGACAAAGACAACUUCACUCCACUUCUGUCUGCAGCCAAUGAAGGCCACACGGAGGUUGUUGCCGCCCUUCUUUCGCAUGGAGUUAACAUGGAGUGCGAGGACAUCCACAAAAAGAACGCUAUUUUCAUGGCUGCUGAACAAAACUGUGUUGAUACCCUGAAGGAACUGUUGAACCAUCAUGUAUCGAAAUCUCUUAUUAAUAAAGGYGAUCUUUACGAAUCGACAGCCCUUCAUGUUGCAGCAAUGAAAGGAUUCGUUGUAGUGGCAGAGUUGUUACUGAACAAUGGAGCAAAGAUUGAUGCACGAAAUGACGAGGAUUAUACAGCACUACAUCUUGCUGCCAAGUUUGGUCGGACAAGGACCGUUCAAGCUCUUUUAAAAAGAGACAGCUCUAUUAUCAACGAUGAAGAUGAAGCUUCUAACAUCCCUCUACACUUGGCGUCCAUUGAAGGUCAUUGGAAGUGUGUUCGAGAACUAUUGGAAAACGGUUCGCCAGUCGACGCAAGGAAUGUAAAUCUAUGGACACCCCUUGACUGUGCUGCAGCCAACGGCCAUGUUAAGACAGCAGCUAUUUUAUUAGAUUACGAUUCGCCAGUUGAUCCUACUGACAAAACCAGGACGACCCCUCUACACUUGGCAGCAAGAGAAGGUCACGUGGAUAUGGUCCAGUUACUGCUGUCCAGAAAUGCUGAUAUUACCUUAACAGACCAUACGGGUCGAAACUGCCUGGACAUGGCCAUUGAUAAAGCCAAUAAAGAGGUUGCUAUCGCCAUUGUCAAGGAUAAGAACUGGAUGGAUGCCAUGAAAAACAAAACACUUGAGCAAGAAUAUGUGACCACGCCAAUGAGAAAACUAAUUCUAAAAUUACCAGAUGUUGCUGAAGUGGUCAUGAACCAAUGUGUGACCGACAAUGGACUUCCUGUGUACCACCGUGACUAUGCAAUUCGAAUGAAUUACGAGUUUCUCGAGGACGUAUACGCUGAAUGGUUCUCGCAAAUGGCUGGAGGAAGUGCUUCUUCAGAUUCAGGAAGUGUACACAGCUUCCAUCUUGAUAAGUCUGAAUUUGGUUAUGCUGGAAUCGAGGACUCAAAGUCUCAAGAGGAGGCAACUAAACUCUUGGAAAAGAAGAACAACCAUCCGUUGAUGAUUAUGGUGAGACGAAAACGUGAAGGCCUUCUUGGACAUCCUUUGGUGACAUUCCUUCUUGCCAAGAAAUGGCAGAAGUUUGGUCGUCUCGUGUACUACUUAAAACUUUUGAUCUUUUUUAUAUUCCUGUUCUUUCUAACCGGCUACUCUGUUGUCAGCACUCAACUACGACCUGAAAAAGUGAAUAACAAAUGGAUCUGUAAUGGUACUAAAACUGGGAAUACGGGGCAGAAGUUUUUCGUGGAAGUUGGCUCGGUUGUUGUAUUAGUCUUGGCAUGUUGGCAUAUCCUUAUGGAGCUCUUUCAGAUGUUUUAUCAGGUCUAUGAAUACAUAAGAUGGGACAAUGUACUAGAAUGGGUUACUUACGUCUCUUCAAUUAUAUAUGUAUCUACGGAGUUUAAAGGAACAGAAUCUCUUGGGGUGAAGAAGUGUUCAGAUUCUCAUCCCAGUGUUGGUGCGGUAUCAAUAUUCUCGGCAUGGAUGUGCUUAUUGCUGUUUAUCAGGAAAUUUCCCAAACUUGGGAUUUACGUUGUGAUGUUCACUGACAUUCUCUACACCUUUGUCAAGUUCUCUUUGAUUUUUGUCCUGUUCAUUGUGGCUUUUGCUUUGUCGUUCUACACGUUACUUGCAGAUCAGGCCUCGUUUAAGUCUGCCGGAAGAGCAUUAGUUAAAACUGGGGUCAUGAUGAUUGGCGAAUUUGARUACGACGAUUUGUUCGGGAAGGAAUUACCCGCGCUGUCCUGGGCCCUGUUUGUCAUCUUCAUCAUAGUCAUGACUCUGAUCCUCAUGAAUCUCUUGAUUGGAUUAGCUGUAGAUGAUAUCAAAGGCGUGCAAGAUCAGGCUCUUCUUAAACGACAAGCAAUGUUGGUUGACCUGGCACUCGAUGUUGAAAAAGCAUUUCCUCGAAAACUGCGAAAGAAUCUUCUCGUUUUACAAGAAACGUACUAUCCCAACAGACAUCGAGGGAUAAUGAAAUAUUUUAGUCCACCACCACUAUCUCCACUUGAAAUGAAGGAAGCUUUGGAACUUGAAAAGCCGAUGUGGCAGAAAGUCGAAGAGCACAAUGAGGAUCUUGACAAAAGCAUCAAAGCUGUGAAAAACCGUCUGAAAGACAUGCAGACACAGCAGGAAUACUUACAAGCUAUGCUACAAGCCGUUGUCAUGAAACUGGAGAUUAGUCUCGAGGACGACGCUGGAGAUGAGGAAGAACUUCUUAUUCCCAAUGUCCCACAUGUUUAAAUACAUGAGCGAUGCAUGGUUUCAUGGAAUGCAAUCGGUACAUUCUUUUCAUGAACUUUGAUCAUCUGGAAUGGUCAAACUCACAGUUGUAUCUUUCACAAUCAUCUGCGACAUCUUACAAUUAAGAGGACGAAGGGAAAAUCCUGUUCAAUAAAGMAUGAUCUUGAGCAAAUCUAAAUCCGAWCAAUUACACUCUCAGCUAGUGGUCUUGACUGGACUCGAACCCGGAACCUCGGGUUGCUUUUGAGUAAAUUCGAUAUAGAAUCGCCACUUGCUCUACUCCGACCCCUUCCGCUUCUUUCUACAAUCGACCUGAUUUUUAAGUCAUCUGCUAUAACCCACUACAUAUCAACAUUUUACAUGCAAACACUCUGGUAUUAGUUUUGUAUACAGCAAUAUAUAUAUAAGGUUUGAAUUUAUUCUCAUAGAAAAGUCAGUUGCCAGACAACAUGUAAGUCGAAUUAUUUAAUAAUAAAUUUGCACAAAAUAUAUC